UAAUACUUCCGGUAAAUUCGUCGCAUGCUGUUUUGGUAUGGCUGUAUUGCGUACGAUUGCCGAAGAAAGACACGACCACACAGAAAGCCUUGCUUGAAUUUGCUUUCACGGCUUCAGCUCAUUGGAAAAGGGAACGGUAAAUGCCACAAAAGCAAAAGUGCCAUCCUAGUUGGUCAUGGAGGAACAACCAUCAAACAUGGAGAAGGAGGAGACUGGUACAAAUGCAAAAAAUGGUGCGCAUUGCGAACCACCUAUCAAGGAAGGUGUUGCUGACUCCCAGUCUGUCCAAGGUCAGGAAUCAAAGAGUGCAGCUAUAAGUCCAGAGCUGAAGGGUAGCAGAGGAAGUGGAGAGACUCCUGUCACCAGGAAACCAGGAUAUGCGCCAAUUAAAGCAGAAUUUCUUUUAUUAGAUUACAAGCCCAAACUUCAAACCAAGUACCUGAGUGCUCAGGUCAAAGAACAGCUUGAUCUGGACAACAAGAAGAAAGAUGAACAAGGUCCAGACAAAGACGAGUCAUCUGGGAAACGUUCGGCAUCAGAGCUGGCUCCAGAAGGGCAGCCACCAAACAAAGUGGCAAAACUGAAAGGCAGGAACAAACAGCGGCCUGGAAAUGACAGAGUAAAACAAAAGGACCGUCUCUGUCCAGCCAUUAAGGAUGAAAGAGAGUGUAGUUUUGGAGAUAAAUGUAAAUUUAACCACAGUAAGGAAGAUUUUAUGGCCAACAAGCUGCCAGACCUUGAAGGACCCUGCUAUAAUUUUGAAAAUUUUGGAUUUUGCAAAUACAGUCUCGCUUGUCGAUUUGCAAAAAAUCACACAACUGAAGAUUUACAAAAUGUUGUUGACGAAGAACUGCUUGAGAAGACAAAAAGUGAAAAACAUUUAAAUGUUUUGGAGUCGGAUGUUAGGCAAAAACUGUGGAAAAAGAAGUAUGAUUUUAGCAAAGCAGAUCAGAUGGUGAAAAAGGUUCAGAGAGAUUUCAGAGGGCAGGAAGAAGGGAGUGGAAAAAGCAAUUUUGGGAAAGAUGAUAUGAAAACAGUUGGACCAAAGUCGGGUCCCACAGGAGAUUUGUGUGCAAGUACAGAUAAAAAAUCUAUUUCAAACACUUGUGAUAAUAGAAAUCCAGGAGACUGUUCAGGUGCAGAAGUUGUAAGUGUCAAGGAACAAAAUGCUGAGAGUCCAGACAGCAGUAAGUUGGAGUCGAACAGGUUAGAAAGCCAAAAGCCUGCUUCUGUCACAACUACUGCUUCUGAAUGUGAAAAGCGCACAGUUGGUCACAUUACGGAUGAAGAGUUGUUUCCCUUGAACAGUAGGGAGAAAGUAAAGAUUGAUUUAAAGAACAAGCUGUACCUGGCUCCACUAACAACCGUGGGCAAUUUGCCUUUCCGGCGAAUUUGCAAAGGGCUUGGUGCAGAGGUCACUUGUGGGGAAAUGGCACUAGCCACACAACUGCUGCAGGCUAAGCAGUCUGAAUGGUCUCUGCUCAAGCGACAUCCUUGUGAAGAUAUUUUUGGAAUGCAGAUCUGUGGUGGCUACCCUGAUACGAUGACCCGCUGUGCUCAAUUGCUGACGGAAACCUGCGACUUGGAUUUUAUUGACAUCAACUGUGGUUGCCCCAUUGAGCUCAUCUUCAAAAAAGGAAGUGGAAGUGCUUUGAUGGGAAAGGCCACGAAGUUGGAGCAGAUCUGUCGCAGUAUGAUGGGGGUGAUGGGCAACACACCUUUGACAGUCAAGCUUCGUACCGGUGUCUUUGACAACAAGAACAUAGCACACAACAUCAUACCCAGGCUGCGCGACGCAGGAGUGUCCCUUGUCACGGUGCAUGGUAGGUCAAGGGAGCAGAGGUAUACCCGCCAAGCUGACUGGGACUACAUCACUCAGUGUGCUACUGCUGGGGCUCCUAUGCCCGUUUUUGGUAAUGGAGAUGUUUUGUCAUUUGAGGAUGCAAAUCUUCACAUGGAGACCCAUGGCGUCAGUGGCAUCAUGAUUGCAAGGGGGGCUUUGAUCAAGCCGUGGAUCUUCACAGAGAUCAAGGAGCAGAGGCACUGGGACAUCUCGUCCAGUGAGAGGUUUGACCUGCUCAAGACCUACACCAACUAUGGCAUGGAGCACUGGGGCUCUGACCACCAGGGGGUGGAGAACACCAGGCGGUUCCUCUUGGAGUGGCUCUCUUUUCUUCAUAGAUAUAUUCCUGUUGGAGUUCUAGAGCAGCUUCCACAACGCAUCAAUGAAAGACCUCCUUAUUACGUUGGGCGGAAUGACUUGGAGACUCUUAUGGCCAGUGCUAACUGUGCAGACUGGAUCAAGAUAACGGAAAUGUUGCUUGGUCCUGUGCCUCCUACAUUCAAGUUUCUGCCUAAACACAAAGCCAAUGCUUACCAGUGACAUCUCAUAGGUGAAAUAUGAAGUCUGGAUCUGUUGACUGUCCUUUCAUAUGUUACACAUCAUUGAAUAAAACAUAAAACUUUCA